AUGGAGUCAAAAGACAGCGAUGGUGGCAGUGACGCGCCGAACUCGAGAAGAGGUUCUCGAGCAUCAAGUCAAUCUCGAGGCGAGACUACUCCAGACAGCUCCCUGUCUAGACCCUCGUCCAGAAACCGUUAUGAUUUGAACUUGAUUCCGAAACACACUCCUCCUAAUCAACCUCAGCUCUCACCGACAUCAUUCGCACAGCCAUUGGCAUUGUAUGCCUGGUUCUUGAGGAGUAUUUUGUAG